GUGCCUGAUUAAUUAAGAAGCUCUAUUUGCAAGCACAAUCAAUAUGGCUGCGCUAAUGAAAACAAGAGGUCUGCGAAUGUCCGCACAGAAGCAAGAAACGCUUUUAAAAUUAACUGUGUUAUCCCUUGCAGCAAUUUUAUCAUUUGCAACAAGAUUAUUCUCUGUCUUAAGAUUUGAAAGUGUUAUUCAUGAAUUUGAUCCAUAUUUUAACUACCGCACAACAAAGUAUUUAGCCGAAAAUGGAUUUUAUAGUUUUCAUAAUUGGUUCGAUGAUCGUGUUUGGUAUCCUCUCGGUAGAAUAAUUGGGGGAACAAUAUAUCCAGGCUUAAUGAUAACAUCAGCAGCACUAUAUCGUCUUUCAUGGUUAUUAAAUAUUACCUUAGAUAUACGUACUAUUUGUGUCUUCCUUGCUCCAUUAUUCUCUAGUUUAACAACAAUUAUAACAUACUUGCUCACUAAAGAGCUGAAGGAUUCUGCAUCAGGAUUGUUUGCUGCAGCUAUGAUAGCAAUCGUUCCUGGUUAUAUAUCACGAUCUGUGGCAGGUUCUUAUGAUAACGAGGGCAUAGCUAUUUUUUGUAUGCUGUUUACAUAUUACAUGUGGAUAAAAGCAGUUAAAACAGGAGCAAUUUGUUGGGCGGCUUGCGCAGCUCUUGCAUAUUUUUACAUGGUGUCCUCUUGGGGUGGCUAUGUAUUCUUAAUCAAUCUAAUUCCUCUGCAUGUGUUGACCUUAAUGGUGACUGGUAGAUUUUCGCACAGGAUAUACACUGCCUACAGCAUUCUGUACUGUUUAGGAACAAUAUUAUCCAUGCAAAUAUCGUUUGUUGGUUUCCAGCCUGUUCAAAGCUCCGAACAUAUGCUUGCAUUAGGAGUUUUUGGACUUUGUCAGGUUCAUGCACUAGUUGAUUAUUUGCGUAGCAAAAUGUCACAAGAUGACUUUGAAGUACUAUUUCGUGGUCUUGUCAUCUUCAUAGUUACCAUUUCAAUGGUUUUGGGGAUUAUUUUAACCAUUACAGGCAAAAUAUCUCCAUGGACAGGACGUUUUUACUCUCUGCUGGAUCCAUCUUACGCAAAGAAUCACAUACCAAUAAUUGCUUCUGUUUCUGAACAUCAGCCAACAUCGUGGAGUUCUUUUUACUUUGAUCUCCAGAUUUUGGUAUUUCUAUUUCCGUCCGGAUUGUACUUCUGUUUCUCGAAGUUGACCGAUUCCAACAUUUUCCUUAUUUUAUACGGAGUCACGAGUUUAUACUUCGCCGGUGUGAUGGUUCGUUUGAUGUUAGUUCUUGCACCCGUAAUGUGUAUUUUGGGUGGAAUUGGGGCCUCUUCUUUGCUUGUUACUUACAUGAAACAGUUGGAUACCACAAAAAUCACCGAUAAGAAGUCUAAAAAGUUCGAAAGCAAUUACAUACUCAGAAGCGAGAUUGCAACACUUUUUAUAACAGUAAUGUGUAUUCUCUUCUUUUCGUACACCAUUCACUGCACGUGGGUAACAGCAGAAGCCUACAGUUCACCUAGUAUUGUAUUGUCAGCACGUUCUCCGGACGGUGGACGAAUGAUUUUCGAUGAUUUCAGAGAAGCAUAUUAUUGGCUUCGUAUGAACACACCUGAAAAUGCCAAGGUAAUGUCUUGGUGGGAUUACGGAUACCAAAUCACGGCAAUGGCAAAUCGUACAAUUUUAGUAGACAAUAAUACAUGGAAUAAUACUCACAUAUCACGGGUCGGUCAAGCGAUGGCAAGUUCUGAGGAGAAAGCUUAUGAAAUAAUGAGAGAACUAGACGUUAAUUACGUUCUUGUAAUUUUCGGAGGACUCACGGGAUAUUCAUCAGAUGAUAUAAACAAGUUCCUAUGGAUGGUGCGCAUUGGUGGAAGCACCGAAAAAGGCAAAUCUAUAACGGAAUGGGAUUAUUACAACUCCGCAGGGGAAUUUAGAGUUGACAAAGAAGGUUCUCCAAUUUUGCUCAAUUGUCUUAUGUACAAAAUGUGUUACUACAGAUUCGGUCAAGUUUAUACCGAAGGAGGCAAACCCUCGGGAUACGAUAGAGUUCGAAAUAUGGAAAUUGGUAACAAAGAUUUUGAGCUGGAUAUGUUAGAGGAAGCUUACACGACGGAACAUUGGCUUGUGCGAAUUUACAAAGUGAAAGACUUGAGGAACCGAGGAAAUUAAAGCUUAUGGACUAGUAUGCGGGAGGUAGACAUUACUUUGUAAACUGUGUCAUAAUCUUGCUCGCUUAUAAGUUUUAUAAUUCUUUAUGAGAUACGAACGUGGCACUAAAUACAGAGUUACAUAUUUCCAUGAACGUCAAUAUGAUUGAAAAUCUUGACAAAAGACAUAUUCAGACCUCGUCAGAAAUAUUAAUUUAGCGAACGUAAGUAUCGGUUUAUGUUGUAAUUGUGUUGGAAAGGCAUUCCAAGCUCAGUUCUCAGAGAAGCGCACGUUUUAUACGAAAUUAAUUGUACCCAUCAUCAUAGUUGCUUCCUAUGCGAAUAUGUAUACACGAGUAUUUUUCUCAGUUAUAAAAUGUAUAAACACUAACCUUUCUUCUCUUUCACGUUCGGACUUUCUGAUAUAAAGAAUCGAACUGUAAGAUAAUAAUACUUUAGGUAGGAAACAAAUUUGCACUAAAGAGGAUUAGUUAAUUUUUGUAACCAGAACUCUAUGCUGUAAACUCGAUGCCUGCCGUGCAAUUGAACAGCAUUAUAAGGCAUAAAAGAAAAUAUACCAAUUGUCUUCGGAAUAUUGGUGGUGCAUGCAUUUAACAUAUAUACAUAAAUAUAUUAACUAUCAUAUGUACCAUCUCACCAUCCAUACGUUUUACAAAUGCAUGAUUCUACCAUGCAUUGCUCAGAAGCGUAAUUAAUAUCAGCCUUCAUUUUCUGAAUGUGUAUGGACAUGUGUGAUUCCUGAUGAACGUGAAGAUAAAUGCAUUCGUUUUUAUACAUACAUUUUAUUCGAUACAUUUAACAGAUUGUAAAACACUUAAUUCUUAAGAAUUAAGAAACAAUUGAACAAUAAAUGUUUUUUUUUUCCAGAAA